AUGGCUCCCCCAACAUCAGAGACGGCUUCUCCUAUUGGAAUUGCCAACCUCCCAAAUCAACGGCACAAAAUCGUCGCCAAACGGGGGGCUGCUUUCACUAUUAUGGUUGCUGGAGAGUCCGGAUUGGGCAAAACCACAUUCAUCAAUACCCUCUUCUCGACCACUAUCAAGAACUACGCCGACCACAAGCGUCGACAUGCCAAGCAGGUCGAUAAGACUGUGGAGAUUGAGAUUACAAAGGCUGAGCUGGAGGAGAAGUUUUUCAAAGUUCGAUUGACUGUCAUCGACACCCCCGGCUUUGGUGACUAUGUCAACAACCGCGACUCGUGGAUGCCCAUUAUCGAGUUCCUUGAUGACCAGCACGAAUCCUACAUGCUUCAGGAGCAGCAGCCCCGUCGUGUUGACAAGAUUGAUCUCCGGGUCCACGCCUGUCUGUACUUCAUCAGGCCCACUGGCCAUACCCUGAAACCUCUGGAUAUCGAGGUCAUGAAACGUCUUAGCUCCCGUGUCAAUUUGAUCCCAGUCGUUGCCAAAGCCGAUACUCUCAGCCCAUCCGACCUUGCCCGAUUCAAGCAGCGCAUCCGCGGGGUUAUCGAAGCACAAGGUAUUAAAAUCUAUCAGCCACCCGUUGAAGAGGACGAUGAGCACGCUGCUCAGCAUGCCCGUAGCUUAAUGGCUGCCAUGCCAUUCUCUGUCAUUGGCUCCGAGAAAGAUGUCAAGACCGGUGACGGCCGCAUCGUCAAAGGGCGACAGUAUGCUUGGGGUGUAGCUGAGGUCGAGAACGAAGAGCAUUGUGAUUUCAAGAAACUGCGUUCCAUUCUUAUCCGUACCCACAUGCUUGAUCUUAUCCACACUACCGAAGAAUCCCACUACGAGGCCUAUCGUGCCCUGCAAAUGGAGACCAGAAAGUUUGGCGAGGCACGUCCGAGGAAGCUUGACAACCCCAAGUUCAAGGAGGAAGAAGAGAACCUUAGAAAGCGGUUCACUGAACAAGUCAAAAUCGAAGAACAGCGAUUCAGACAGUGGGAGCAGAAGCUCAUCUCGGAGAGAGAUCGUCUCAACAAGGAUUUGGAAAGCACUCAUGCUGCUAUCAAGCAACUCGAGCAGGAGCUCGAGACAAUGCAGGGAUCUGCUGUUCGCAGUCAUGGUCGCCGUUAG